AAAAUGUUUGCGUUCACCCGAGAAACUUUGCCUUCGUUCGCAAAACGCUUGGGUUCACACAAGAAAUUUUGCAUUAAUUCACAAAAUAGUUGCGUUCCCACAAGAAACGUUGCCUUCAUUAGCAAAAUGUUUGCGUUCACUCAAAACUUUCCUUUCGUUUGCAAAAUGUUUGUUCACACAAGAAAUUUUGCCUUCAUUCACAAAAUGUUUUCGUUCCCCGAGAAAAGGGAACUUCCCCCUGACAUUAUGGUAGCGCCCUUUUCCUGAAACUGCUUGAUGAAGACAGCAGACGCACAUGGGCUGCCGCACAAAGUCUCUCUGAACUGAUAAAAGCCACUGCCUACUCAGUUACUGCAGACAUCGGGACACAGCAAAGAUCUGAGGCUGGUGGACCACAAUGACAUCUCAGGUCUCAAUGACAGUCCUGCGACUGCAGGCUGAAGACGUCCAGACACUGAAAGAUGGAAUUAAUUUCAAGAAAAACCCAGAGGAUGGCAAAUGCUACAUAAUUUACAAAGCCAAAGACAAACUACGAGCAUGUAGAAACCAGUGCAAACACCAGGGUGGACUCUUCAUUAAAGACAUAGAGGACAUGGACGGCAGGACAGUACGCUGCACUAAACACUACUGGAAACUUAACGUGGCCACAAUGGAGUACGUCAACCCUCCAGACAGCUUCAUGCAAGAUGAACUCGAGGCGUUGCUGUCAGACACUGACGGUAGUUUAGAGCUGGUUGAGUUGAAUCCUCCAGACCCCUGGACCAGAGAGCCCAGAGAAGCACAAGAGCUACACGCCGGAGAGAUUACGCUAACGUACAUCACGCACGCAUGUAUGGAGCUUAAGGCGGGGAACAAGAAGAUGAUGUUUGACCCGUGGCUCACAGGACCAGCGUUUGCGAGAGGCUGGUGGCUCCUUCAUGAACCUCCGUCUGAUGCCAUGGACAGACUCUGUCAGGCAGAUCUCAUUUACAUCAGCCACAUGCAUUCAGAUCACCUGAGCUACCCAACUUUGCGACAGCUUUCCAAGAAGCGUCCAGAUAUUCCCAUUUAUGUCGGAAACACUUCACGGCCGGUGUUCUGGUAUCUGGAGAAAAGUGGAGUGAAUUUAACAAACAUCAACGUGGUGCCGUUCGGUGUGUGGCAGAAUGUCGACGAUCACCUGAGAUUUAUGAUUCUGAUGGACGGAGUUCAUCCUGAGAUGGACACCUGCUUGAUCGUGGAGUAUAAAGGUCACAUGAUCCUGAAUACGGUGGACUGCACCAGACCAAACAAUGGACGUCUUCCACACGGUGUUGACGUGAUGAUGAGCGACUUCGCUGGCGGCGCCUCUGGUUUCCCCAUGACCUUCCAUGGCGGCAAGUACACUGAAAGCUGGAAGGCGGAUUUCAUCAAGAAUGAGAGGAAGAAACUGCUAAACUAUAAGACUCAGCUGGUGAAAUCCCUGCAGCCCAAGAUCUACUGCCCCUUUGCUGGAUACUUCACAGAAGCUCAUCCCUCUGACAGGUACAUAAAGGAGACGAACAUCAAGAACAGCCCAGUAGACCUGAAUGAAUCAAUAAGGAAGAGCUGUCCAAACACCUUGACCUGGACACCUUUACCCGGUUCUGUCCUGGAUUUGGCCCUCGCAAUAAAAGAUCCAUCUAACAGGAGUGCCAUCACUGAACUCAACGGUACAAAGAUCUAUAAGGACAGUUGGGACUUUGACUUGUAUGUGGAUGAACUAAAUGCUUCCAUUUCAGCUGAAAUCUUUAAAUACAAAAGCUGGAUCCAGCACUACUAUAACUGGGCAGGAUUUAAAGGCUACAAUCUGGUCAUUCGGGUCAUUGAGACAGAUGAUGAUUUCAAGCCCCUGCGUGAAGGUUACGACUAUCUGGUGGACUUUAUGGACCUUUCUUUCCCAGACACACGCCCGGAGAGAGAGCAUGCGUAUGAGGAGAUCAAGAACAGAGUGGGUGUGAUGAGGCACGUGGUUUUGAACGGGCUGCUAUGGGACGACCUGUACAUCGGCUUCAAUAACAGAAUGAGUCGAGAUCCUGAUGUUUACCACCACAAGUUCUGGAAUCAUUUUCAGACAGAGCUGCCACUAUCAGCACCAGACUGGGAUCAUUUUCUUCAAAUUGCCAGAGACACAGACGUGACAGAUGAGAGCAGUAACAACUGUGUGCUGUCUUAAUGUACACACACACACAAACACAUGGGUACAGCUAGCGUCAUGAGGACAGACGGGAUGGAUUGUAUACUGAGCUAAUUAUUUUCUAGCCCCUACACCUAAACCUACCCAUCACAAAAAACUUUCUGCAUUUUUACAUUUUUAAUAUUAAAAAAAUAAAAACAUGGGUCCUAAUUUAUAAUAGGUGUCUUUAACUACUAUGUACCAACAUUUAAAUGAAUCAUUUGAUACAAUACACUACAAAUGUACUUAUAUUUUUAAAGAUACAGUUGUAAUACAUUUCUGUAAUUAAAAUGUUGAUGUAAUUAUUGACAAACCUAAACCGUAUCCUUCCUCAAUAAGAGCACAAGUGUUUUGCAAUACAAGCUAGUAGUUAAAGACACCUAAUAUAAAGUGACCAAAAAUUUUGUAUGUUUAGUUUAGUUAGAAAUUACAAGGAUAUCAGCAUGUCCUUAUAAUGUAGGGGGCGUGGGCUGAAACCUGAAUACACACUACUAAGGUCUUUAAUGUAGGUCCAACCAGUGCACACACUUACACACUAUGGUUAUCAGUGCCAUUUUUCUGGGUCACAACCUUGUUUAUGUGGUUUUGGGGGUCUGAGGGGUGUGAUAAUGAUGCUGCUCAAUCAACUUUUGGAAAUUUCUUAAAUUAUGUUCAUCUUGUGUUAUAAUGUAUGGUUCUGUGCUCAAAUCAUUUUACAUAAUAGUGCUAAACAGUACAAUUGUUUCUUCAUAUCUGUGCUACAGUAGUCUCAUGUCUCUUUACAUCAGGUUAAGUUUACCAUAUUAUUGUCAUGUCAUUGAUUAUUUAUGAUAUUGAAAUGUUUUAUUUGUUUGUUUUUGGUUGCUGGUAUUUGGGAGUCACUACUUACAAUCAUUUAAACCCAUACUUUACCAUCACUAAGUAUUCAGCAUGAGUCACUAAACACUGGAAAAUUAUGAGAUACUAUGAGAUAAUUAUGAGAUACUGAUCACUUUAUAAUCAACUACUUGAAUUACUGUAAAAAGUACAAAUAAAUGAUUUUUUUGCACUUUUUAAUAAAAAAUUACAUAUUCAUAGUCACAGAGUCUAAACGUCUGAGAACACACACACAAAAAAAAAUUCAUUUAAACCCAGAGAUAUAUUAAAAAUGACAUAAAACGAGGAA